AUGUCCUCCCAACAGAACAACAGAAUACCGUACAUGCUUCACUAUAUUUGUGGAUUUGUCUUAUUGACAUCCUCAGAAUCCUUCACAUUACAGCGUUGGAACUACAUGUACUAUGCACCCACCACUCCCCCUACUGUUCAGAAUCGGCAAUCCACAGCUCCUGGUUUAUUCAUGAUUUAUGCACCUCCCGGAUCGGGAUAUCACCGUCCCGAAGACGAAGAAUCCAUGUUACCCUCCACGUAUGAUCCAAUGAUGGAAUAUCCGGGCACCAUGCGUCCCGGCACUACUCCCGAAAACAUGCCCUUUUCCGAUUUGCCCAUUGCCGAUAGCGAUCCCGAUCCGGUUCCCUGGCCUCACUUUCAACAGAUUGAAUGGCAUCACAAAUGGGAUCCUCCCCAUGAAGCCGCUCUGGAAAUGGAAGAAUUCAUUGAACAGCAAGGACGUUGGGCCACACCGGAAAUGGAAGCCGCCAUGCGAGCGGGUGUGCGACAGGGUAUCCGCGAUCGGCAAGAAAAGGAAGCGGCCGAGAAAAAACGGGAUUCUUGGGUCAUUACCGAUGACGACGAUGAGGACGAUCCUCCCAACACGGACAAUAUCGAGUUGGGAGAUGGUAUGUAUGGAUCCAUUGGAUCGGCCGUGGUCGAUGCCAUGACGGCGGAAGCUGUGAGACCCAAGGCAGAAAGUGAGGAGGAGCAAGAAAGUACUGAAGUGGAAGAAGACACGGGUAGCAGCAGCAUGGACGACGAUUUGGAUAGUUUCUUGUUGGAUUUGGGAUUGGAUGCCGAUGUGGAGAUGGAGGAUGAUACGGACAGUAGUGGCAGCAAGAGCGUUGCGGCGGAUGAUGACGCCGAGGAAGAGGAUGCUGGUACCACCUUGGAUUUACUGAGUGAUGACGGAGAUGUCACGGCAACAAUCAAUGUCGAUGCGGAUGACGAUUUGGAUCUAGGAUUGGACGACGAUGAUGAUCUGGACGGGGAUGAUGGAGUGGAAGUACCCCUCGAUGCCUUUGGAGACGACAAUGAUACCCUCAAUGGUGAAGACAUCUUUGAUGAAGGAGGAUUUGAUUUUGACGAUGGUGAUUUCGAUGCAGGCGAUGUGUGGUAG